AUAGGCUCCAAAUUAAAGCUAUAGUUAGUGUGAUGUCAAGCUUACCCGCCGUGGUGACAUCAUGUCACUACAUAUGAAUCCUGGACCACAGCUCCUCACCACUCAACAUCCUCGAUACAAUCGUAGCAAUGCCCAAUCCACCAAGUCUAUACGCGCAGCCCACCGACAAUUCCACCCCCCAAAACAACUCAAACAACAACCAGUACCCCCACAUCCCCAUCUCAAACCUCCAGCCCACUGACACACACCAGACUCCACCACCAUAUCGUCCUUCCCACCGGCUCCGCGCCAAGACCCGUCGCCUACCCCCCACUAAACAGACACCACAUCCCCAUCGUCCCCGCCUCCGGCUUCGACGUUCCACCAAAAGGGGCAGCAGCAGGGAAGGGGAAAGAAACCGACUCAGCGGGUAGCAUGUCGAGCGACUCCAAGAUGUCGCAGGCUACUCGAGAAUUGCUGUGUAAGGCGCGGAAGAUGGUCCCGCCGAUGCUGGAGAAAUUCCAUAAAGGACAGAUGGGUAGGAUUGCAGUCAUAGGCGGCAGCGAGGAUUACACCGGCGCACCCUACUUCUCCGCCAUGGCCAGCGCCCGCCUCGGCGCCGACUUGUCACACGUCAUCUGCGAGCCCCAAGCCGCGCAAGUAAUCAAAACCUACUCCCCAAACCUAAUGGUACACCCCCUCCUGCGUCAAUCCCGGCACGCCACCGCCAGCGAAACAUCCUCCUCCCUCUCCAAAUCCAUCAUCGACCUCCUCCCCCGCUUCCACGUCCUCGUUAUCGGCCCGGGGCUGGGCCGCGAUGAGCUGAUGCAAGAUGUGUGCGCGUCUGUCAUCAGCGAGGCGCGCAAAUCCGGAAUCCCGCUUGUGCUCGACGCGGAUGGACUGCUACUGGCACAGAACCGACCAGAGCUCGUACACGGAUACCGCGAGUGCAUACUCACCCCCAACGCCGCCGAGUUCGCGCGCCUCUGCAAGGCGCAGGUGAUUGACCCGGGCAGCUUCAAAGGGGAGGGCGAAGGUGCCGCAGCGCUGGCGCGGAAGUUUGGCGGGGUGACGGUGCUGCGGAAGGGGGCGAGGGAUUGGAUUAGUGAUGGGGAGAGGACGGUGGUGGGGGACUUGAGGGGGGGUUGAAGAGGAGUGGUGGGCAGGGGGAUACGUUGACGGGGAGUAUUGCGACGUUUUUGGGGUGGCGGAAGACGUAUUUGGAGGGGUUGUGGGAGCAUGAUGGGGAGUUGGAUGCGAGGGAGUUGUUGCAGUUGGCGGCGUUUGGGGGAAGCUGUGUUACGAGGGAGAGCUCCCGCCUCGCCUUCGCUAAACGCGGCCGCAGCCUCCAGGCUAGCGACUUGACAGACGAAGUCGAAGUGGCAUUCCGGAACCUCUUCGAAAAUGACAACGCUGGGAGCGACGCCAAGUUGUAAAUACGAUCGUACGGGAUUGAACCAGCCGGGCCCCGGGG